UAGUUCUCAGUUCUUUACUGUUUACAUAGAGGAUCACUUCAAUUAGUUUCAAGUAGCUGGUCUAACUGCGCAGUUCUUUUUUUUUGUUUCCCCCUCAGUCAAAAUAAACACACUUCGAGUAUUUGUUCAACUGUAUUAUUUUCUCUUCUAUAAUUCAGAAAUUUUGUUCCAAACAAUAAAUUAAGAUGUAUUGCGAAUUAGAAGAAGACAAUGGUUAUAUCGUUGUAUAUACAGAUGGUUGUUGUUUCAAUAAUGGUCGUUUCGGUGCUAAAGCUGGAAUUGGCGUAUUUUUUGCCGACGGAAGUGAUCUUAAUGUUUCGGAACCAUUAACUGGAAAAGCAACCAAUCAGCGUGCCGAAUUACAAGCGGUUAUUGCGGCAUGUAGAAGUGCAAUUGAAGAAGGAAUUGAUAACUUACAAAUAAAUACAGAUUCCCAUUAUGUGGUGAAUUGUGUAACAAACUGGGUUCAUCUUUGGCGCAGAAAGAACUGGACUAAUGCAAAAGGAAAUCCAGUUUGUAAUAAAGAAGAUAUUAAGGAAAUGAUGUACUUAAUCGAUAAUUAUUUUGAUGAUGUCGAAAUGAUUUAUGUUCCUGCGCACAGUGGUAAUUAUGGCAAUGAACAAGCCGAUAAACUGGCUAAAAGAGGAGCUGCAAGAUAUUAAAAUUUCUAAUUUUUAAGAUAUAUUCUAUAUUUAUCUUUAAAAACUUAUCUAUAUUCUUAUAAAUCUGUAAUUAUUUUCUUAAAAGAGAAAUAUAUUAUAUUUUUUUAUUAUGUA